CCAGUUACUUGUUAAAAUUUAAUUCAUAUAUCUUGCAACUCAACUAAACUCAAAAUAUAGAUUGCGAGAAGAUCACCUUCUUGAUCUCAAACAACAAGUUGCUCCACAUGUAUGAAGAAGAGAACAGAGGAUACCUAAGCCAUAUGAUCGUCAACAAAGAGCCCUUGUCAAUUGUUUUCCCAGAAGAGAAAUACAAGGUUGAUAAUAACAUGCAAUCUUAUGAACAAGCACAGAGUAAAAUUACUAAGAAAACCUUCAAGCCUUGCUUCAAAGACUAUAAAUCUGUAGCUAAUGGAAUCCAGGUGAAGAACCAGAUAGCUUGCCCAAUCUUUAACCCAAAUUAUGAGAAGGACCAGAACCAGAGCACUUUGGGGCACAGCCAGAAAGAAGAUAGUCUUCAAAAGAGGUUAUUUGCAGUUGUUCAAAUUGAGAAGCCAUCCAUCAACGACAUCUCAAACAACUCUCUUCCAUUCUUGAUCCUAAGAACAAUUGCUAAUUAUCUCUCGCUAGCAAUUACCAAAAUAGUUGAGGAGAAAGAAAGUGUUCUAGAUGAGGAAAGAGCUAUCUCCAUCCUCCACCAUUUCAGGGAUCUGACCCACUUGACUCACUUACCUGAGAUUUGGGAGAGGAUCACUGAAUAUAUUCCAAAGAUUUUCAACUGCAAGAGAUGUGCCUUCUUCAUUAAAGAUAAUUGAGAAGAAAAUAAGGACGACGAGAAAAUAUGGACAAUCACAUCCCUAGGAGAAGAUGUGACAAGGAAGGAAAUCAAGUUUAUCAGAGGAAAAGUAGUCUAUCCCUGCCAUGUAGGCUACACUGGGCAUGCAAUCCAGACAAAGAAGCCACUAUUCUAUCUCCAUCCUAAGCUUCGAGAUAUUGGAUAUGAGGAGCCAGAAUGUAUGAUUGAAGAAGAAAUAGACAAUUUCUUCCAAGAAGCUGAACUUGAAUGUGUCCUAUUUUAUCCUUUAAUAGACCACAAAGGCAAGAUGCAAGGAGUAAUACAGCUUUCCAACUUUAAUCAUGGCCCUUUCAGUAUCACCCAGAGGCAAAUGAAGGAAAUUGGCAUAACUUGCGAGCUAAUCGGUACAUCACUCCACAAUCUCAGAGAAAUCACUGAAAUAAUGAUAUGCUGCACAAAUCUAUAUGACAAGAUUCAAGGAAUUUAUGAAAAGGUUGUCGAAAAACUUGCUGACUACCUCGAACAAAUUGAAGGAGACAUCAUAGAAUCCAUUCGUAACAUUUCCACAUGCGUAAAAGAUAUCUGUGAUAUCCAGAAGUAUAAAAUGUUUAAAGACAGAAUCCUGCUCAAUACCUAUGCUGAAUAUGAAGUGGAAGAGAAAAGAAGGGAAAAGCUCAAAAUAAAGAUUCUCAGAAAGAAUAAAAACAAGGAAGAUACCAAAACUGAUGCUACCAAAUAAUUUUACCAAAAUUUCAAGUGGA